UGUGUGUGUGUGUGUGUUUGUGUGUGUGUUGUGGCUUGUGGCUUAUAGACCGUGUAAGCACUAAUGUGUGUGGGUGAGGGUGCGGGCGCGCGCGUGUGUGUGUGAAAUGUACUUGGUGCUGAACGGACAGCGCCCUGGGCGGGGCAGCACACGCGACCGCGGACACGCACCCCGCCAUCAAGUUAACGCAAACUUUCCCCGCGUUCACUCACGGAUUUUAGAGAGCAUCGUGUCUUAAUACUUCCCCAGAUGUGCGAUUUUCUGAGCUCUGGUAAUCAAGUAGAGCAAUCAACUAAGCAAUUCGCGCGCGCGCGUGCCCGUGCGUGGGGACGGUCACGGUGGUCAGACAGCGCAAAACAAAAGGAGCUGCACGAUAAAUCAAUCCGGAGGAAGUGGAGAGAGAUCAGAAGCUUGGACGCGUCCGUGACUGCGUGAAAGCGCAGCACUUCCGGAUUAGAAGCUGUGCGUGAUAUCUCCCGCAAGGCGCACCCUGAGCAGAUCUGCUGCACGUCCUGAAAUCCCAGAGUCUGUACUUCAGCUGAGCUUUUAGCCUGAGCCAUGUCCAUGUUCAGAGACACAGCCGGUUUGUCCAGGAGUUCCCCGACCCCCAGGCUGUGUGGAGUGCUGUGUCCGCUCGACUCUCUGUGGACAGACGGGACGAAGACGGAGGGACAGCAGAGGAGCAACAACACAGAGAACAGGAAGGUGGAGAUCCGCAGGAGCGCUGGCAAAGAGCUGCUGCAGAACAUCAAUGACCAGAGUGAGCGCUUGUUAAUUAAAGGGGCGAAGAUCGUGAACGAUGACCAGUCCUUUUUCGCAGAUAUCUACAUGGAGGAUGGACUCAUCAAUCGACACGUGGUUCCUGAGCCCGGGACCAGCCUGAUCGCGGCGUUUAAUCAGUGGCGUCAGUGGGCCGACAGUAAGUCGUGCUGUGAUUACUCGCUCCACGUCGACAUCAUCGAGUGGCACAAAGGCAUCGCAGAGGAAAUGGAGAUGCUCGUCAAGGAACACGGUGUUAACUCUUUCCUGGUCUACCUGGCCUACAAGGACUUCUAUCAGCUGACCGACUCUCAGAUCUACGAGGUGUUCAGCGUGAUCCGGGACCUCGGAGCCAUCGCACAGGUCCACGCUGAGAACGGAGACAUCAUCGCAGAGGAGCAGCGUCGAAUCCUGGACUUGGGGAUCACCGGACCAGAGGGACACGUGCUGAGCCGUCCAGAGGAGGGUCACCUCCUCCUAGCUGAUCACGAAAUGUGCUACGUAACUAAGGGAUUCCGACAGCUAUCACGUAAGCUUGUACUACAUAACUACUCAGCCCUCAAACGCUUCAGUACAUGGCCACUACCUCCCCCGCCCUCAUACCGAGCAUCCAUACCGUUUUACUUCGAUCCCUAUCGACCGCUCCCGACGGCCCCCACCCUCAAAGAUCCAACGACCUACUAA